AACCACGGGCCCGCGUCCGGUUACCAUUCCAUAUAUAUCAUUGAUAUAGCUGUAAUGAAACUUAAAUAACCCGAUGUCAUAAUAUCAUGAUUGGAUCGGAUUCGAAAUUUACUGAAACACGAACAUCAAAUCGACAGACCAGCAAUAGAAAACAACGAUCGAAUUAUACCUAUCAAAACCAAAUACAGAAUCAGAACGGUGGUGACAGUAUGGCAGGCUCCACAAGUAUUGAGAGUAAUGCAUUUUCUUUACCGAUGUACCACGACAAGCAAAGAGGAGAUUUAAUGGCACGAAGUUUAACUCCCUUCGAUGGAAAUGACGGACAAUCAAUGAAGGAAGAAAGUUGCUUGAAAAAUUAUAUACAUGAACAAAAUGAUGAUAAUAUUGAAGGGAAUACCUCUAGUCUCGGCAACCUAUGCGAUGUUAGUUCCGCGGUUGCUGUAGCGAGAGCUGCCGCGACUCUGAUUCAGUCACGCGCUGAUGGUUCCAGCACCAGUUCUGCAACGGGAAGAACUUCUACUCCACUUUGUAGCACAUUAUCAUCGGCAUCAACUGCAUCCACAUGCUCAUCGUUAUUGGGAGGUGAUGACUCUUCCUCUGACAGAGAAUCCAAUUCCGGAGGUGACGUGGACGACAUGUCUAAAGAUAUAAAAGACGCGGUCAGUCAAGUGCUGAAAGGAUAUGAUUGGACUUUAGUGCCGAUGCCUGUACGUGGGGGCGGAUCGCAAAAAUCGAAGCCACACGUCAAAAGACCAAUGAAUGCUUUUAUGGUGUGGGCACAGGCGGCACGAAGAAAACUAGCCGACCAGUAUCCACAUCUGCAUAAUGCUGAAUUGAGCAAGACAUUGGGAAAACUUUGGAGAUUGUUGAGUGAUGCAGAAAAGAAACCAUUUGUCGACGAAGCUGAAAGACUUCGUAUUAAACAUAAGAAAGAUCACCCAGAUUACAAAUACCAACCUCGCAGAAGGAAAAGCAGUAAAAAUAUUUCGGGAGAAACCAAUCCAAGCCAGAUGAUUGGACCAGGCCAACAGCAACAAGUACCAUGCAAAAAGCAAAUAAUGCCGCAAAUUAAUUUGAAAAAGCAACAAGCUGCGCUGGUGGCGCAUCCAAUUACCCAGCAUCGAUCACCCACAAAUGGUGAAGUUUAUGGUCAACUUUCACCCACAUCUUCCUCAUUGCAUGGGCCAACAACAAGUCCCUACUACCCAAUGUCAAAUGAUUCGUCUCAUUUUGUUAAUUCCUCAAUGGGACAAUCUAGCGUCACGGCAGCUAGCAACCCAAUGAAUAUGGACUAUAUUAACUCCUCUCUACACGAGAAUCAGUCAUCUUCAAUUGCUUGUGCUUCGGCAUAUGGCGAAAUACAUUCCAAAAUGCAAAUUCCAGAACAUGAAAACAGCGGACUAAAAGACGAGUCAAUGUGCGACACUCAUAAAAAUAAUCACAUCGAUGCUAAAUCAAUGAGUCGUCCGCAGCACCUGAACGUUUUAGGCAAACUGCCCCACCCAUAUUCUCAUGCAAUGCAUCAAGAUUAUACUUCUGCGACAGCCCAGGACACCUUGAUGGCCGGAAAUGAUUCGUGUUAUGAGGACUAUGGAAAGUAUUCAAAUGCUAACUCGGCGCAAAUGACAUCUCGGUAUCAAGGAUACCCUGGAUCUGCAGGAUUGGAUUAUUCGAAACAAAAUCAAGGGUCAAUAUACUACGAAAACAGUGAAGCAAUGAUGUCCCCGGUCGACUAUUCCGCUCGUGCUCAACACGGACAGUGCGAGGGUACAAUGCACGAUUCACAAUCACCCCAUCAACCAUUCAUGCCUUUGAGAAGAGUAUCAUCCUCGUCGUCAACCAAUUCUGGUUGGAUACAGGGUAGCUCAUCCUCACCGCUUACUAGAGUCGACUCUGGGACAUUAGACGGAGUGGUUCCACAGAUAGGACAACAUUCCACCUCUCCACAACAACAUCAAACGAUGACGCAGUACCCGCAAAAUGAAUCAAGUUGUGGAAUGGAGCCAUCUCCUACGGUUCCCACGUCAACUUUUUCGAUGCACGGCGGUCAGGUUUCGUCGCCACAAAAAAUGUCACAAAGGUCUCCAAAAAGUAUUCCCUCGCCGGUAACACAAUACGAAGCGUCGCAAAAUUCGAACAUGUUACCUACUGUGCCAGUUAAAACAGAGCAAAUGUCCCCAACGGGCCAUCAAAUCCCAAAGCACGCAAAUCCUGCAUUUACCUCCAACUAUACUGGAACAGUUCCAAGCGGCAAAUCCUCUGAUACCAGUCAAUGUGAUGUCAAUGUUUCGAUGUGUAACACGGCGGCACAACGACAGUACGAAGGUUUUUAUGGUGGUGAAAUUUCUAACAACAUAUCGAAUGUAAAGCAGGAUGCUGGAUACAAAACAGUCUCAACACAUCAAGGAGAUUUACAAGGAAAAAUUCAACGCGGACAUUUUUCAGCAUCAAUUGCUCCAAAUUUAUUUUCUUCCCAGUAUUGUGAGGUCGGGCAUUCACAAGACGUUCAAGACAUGGCCGCCGCUAACAGUCCAAUAAAUAUGGCAACUUCGAAUUUUUCAAACUGUGCCAAUGCCAACCAAAAUCACUUCGAUUAUCGAAAUACAAAUGUCCAAACUACCCAAGCCAAUGGCACGUCGCAUAUGCAUCAUUUUCGACAUCAUCCUUAUUAUGCUAAUUCAUAUCUACAACACGAAAAUCAACACCAGUAUCACCAAGUUCCGUCUUCGAUAUACACCCAUCAGCAGGGUUCUUGGCCAACUAUCUAAAGCAUUCUUAUUCUAUAGUAUAAUUAUAAAAUCACACGCCUAAGAUUUCAACUUGAAAAAGCGACACUAUAGUUCAAUUACUGUGAAAUACCAAUUGUAUGUACAUAUUUCCACAAAGCAUUUUUUGUGAGUGCUGCAAAGUUCCAAAUUGUGAAAUGGUUUCAGACUUAUCAGAAUUAUGAAUAUUUAUUUCCGUUCACCAAUAUUUAGUAUUGAACGUUAUAUACCGUCUUUAUGAAGACAUAAUGAUUCUCAUUUUCCUUUAAAAUUCGUAUUAUUUUUUAAAAUUCUUGCUUUGUGUAUUAACGCUAAAUUAUAUUCGUAAUUAUUUGUAUUGUAAUAUACAUGCAUUUCUAUUUUAGAGAAUAAAUUUUUGGCUUCCAUAAAAUAAUUUAUAUUUGAU